UCUCGCCGGUGGAGGUGCGCUGCUAAGAGCAUAAACACCUCAAACGAAAGCCAACGUGUCUGAUAGUAUUUAUAAAAACAAAAAAGUUCUGCUCUUAAUUUGUAGAAAAGACAUGAACGCAUAAAGAUUUUUAUUUUUAUAUUAUUUUUUAGAAAGGGAGACGAUCUCUCCCGACACUGGGCAAGGUGUUCGCCCCGGAGGUGGGGACGGGACCCUUGUUUCUGAAAAAUGGCAGUGUCCCUCACCCGAGCUUGCAGGAACAUAGCUCUCUCCACCUGCUUCCUGUCUUUUUGUUUCGGAAAUGUGCUGUGCCUUGAGUUCACAGUCGCAGAGAAGGAAGAAUGGUACACGGCAUUCAUCAACAUAACAUAUCAAGACCCUGUCACCUCCGAACUCAAAACCGAUAAAUCCGAGUGUGGUCGCUAUGGCGAACACUCCCCAAAGAAGGAAGCUCGCGGACUUGUUUUAUUACCUACCUUCUUUCGGGACAGACAAGGAUGUCACAUUAAUGUAAAAUUCCCCAUCGCCUCCCAGAACAUCGCCUGGGUGGCGUUGAUCGCUAGGGGGAAUUGUACGUUUCGGGAGAAAAUCAGCAAUGCUGCAAGUCGCAAUGCAUCCGCAGUUGUCAUUUACAAUGUGGGCUCCAACAACCCAAACGACACGAUAACCAUGCCGCACCCAGGCACCGGAGACAUAAUCGCUGUGAUGAUCCCGGAGCCAAAGGGGCAGGACAUUGUGGCGUUGCUGGAGCAGGGGGUCAUGGUCAUGAUGGACAUCACGGUGGGGACGCGGAACCUGCAGAAGUACGUGAGCAGAACCUCAGUGGUGUUUGUCUCCAUCUCCUUUAUCGUCCUCAUGACCAUAUCCCUGGCCUGGCUCGUCUUCUACUACAUCCAGAGGUUCCGCUACGUCAACGCGCGCGACCGCAACCAGAGGCGCCUGGGAGAUGCAGCCAAAAAGGCCAUCAGCAGGUUAGAAGUGCGAACCAUCAAGAAAGGGGACACGGAAAUAGAUUCAGAGUUUGACAGCUGCCCAGUUUGCAUUGAAAGUUACAAGCCCAACGACGUUGUAAGGAUCUUACCGUGCAGGCAUCUGUUCCAUAAACACUGCAUUGACCCGUGGCUGCAGGACCAGAGAACUUGCCCCAUGUGCAAAACCAACAUCCUCAAGGCACUGGGCAUUAUGCCCAGUGAAGAUGGCUCGGACGAGAUACCCCCAGAGUACGAGGCUUCCAUCGGGCCCACCAACGCAAUCACCGGGGCGAGCGAGAUGACGGUGAACGAGAGCUCGGUGGUGCUGGACCCAGUAGCAGGGUCCAUCAGCCUGCAGCAGCUCUCUGACCAGGAUGACUGGGUACCCCCUGCACCGGAGCACGGACCAGACUGUACUGGUGACCCCCCCCCACUGAGCAGCGGCCCGGACCCCCCCAGAAUGGGGGCCCGCGUGGGGGACGAGGAGCAGCCUGCGGAGCCCCAACCGCUGGGGCAGAACUCUUUGGUGGAUUGCCACUCUGUGUCACCGGAUUAAAGGGAUCCCAUUGAUAGUUUGGACGUUGGUGACCGAGGAGAACAGACGACCCGCGUGUUACUUUCUGUUUUUCUUCUUUGUUGUGGACGAACACACCGCUGCUGGCCCUUGUGAUGACUGAUGUCACAGUCAACAGAUGUGGAGAAGAGAGGGAGGACUGUCCCUCUGUUAUUGUAUUGUGUCUGUUGAUGGGCCAACCACCUCCCCCCUCCUCCCUACUGUUGAUGGGACGGGCCUUAAGAGUUUUAAUGGACAUCAGAUGUUUGGGGGAGGGCUUGCUUAUUCCAAUACGUUUCAGUUGUCCCUUUUUGUUGUUUACGUUGUGGUUUUUUUUCUGCAUUAUAUGUGCCUUAUGUGAAUCGUUUUUUACUGCAAUCACAUUUCAGAAUGGAUUCUCUAUAUGACAUGCAUUCAUAGGGUACAUCACAACAGCGUUGAACAUGUGUCAAAGUGUCUGGUAUGUUCUCCUACCAGUGAAAUCCUUUUAAAAUGCCCUUAGGGAUAACGUUUAAAUAACCAGCAUGUUUGUAGAGUUUGUUCAAAUUUUUGUUUACCUCAAACAAAAUGAUAGGUCCAAUAUUUUUCGCUGUUUACGCCGUUAUGUCAGGUGUAUGUACACGUAUAAACGUAGUUCGAUAGCCAACGAAAUGUUAAACUAAGAGCGGAAGUUGGUGUUUAUAUUUGCCUAGCAAAUUACUAUAGGAACACGCUUCUCACUCAACUUUUAUUUUUAUAAUGUAUGCACAUUUUAUGAUAAAUAGGACUGUAUAUAGCACAUUUGUACCUCCUGUCAUUGGGUCUUAUGUUUUUAUCAGUCGAACUGCACCUAUUGAAUUUUUUUAUCCAUUUGUCCUUUGCUUUCUGAAACCCUAUGAAGUGUGGUGUGAAUGACGGAUAAGUCAAGCUGUCCUCACCGGUUGACAAUCAUGACUAGUCCCUCUAGUGCAUUUGUAAAAAGGAGGUCCCUAACUGCCCGUUGUCUUACUGUGGCUGGUUUACCAAGAAAAGCCACACAUCGAAUGGCUAUGGGCUGUUUGGGUGCUCACUGUAGCAUAUUGAAACGGUAUAUGUGCCAAACAUGUAGGUUAUUAUUAACAUGACUGUUAACAAUCUCAUAGAGAGAUAACCACUAGGAUGUCUACAUUACAGUUGUCUUGUCUGUGUGUCUGAAUUCAACAUAAUAUGUUCAAUCUAUGGCAUAAAAAUUGUGUAUAUUUUGUUAUGCAAAGUUUAUUUUUGUAAGAAAGUUACUACUGUUUACAAAAGCCCACCUUUUGCAUUUACUGGGUGAAUUUUGGAAGAUUUCUACAUCAGAUGAGUUUCAGGUUAAAAAGACAUUCGGAUUUAUCAUUACCUUAAUUAUAAUACUCAUCAACCCAUUAAUGUAAGAUAAGGAAAAUCCUAUAUCUAAACACAUUUGAUAUUAAGUUACUUAUGAAACCCCCUGGGAGAUAUUACCAGGAGACUUGCUGUCUUUUAAAAAGGCAUUGGUUAUUGGUGGACUACGUGCUCCAUUAUGUCAGGAUAGAAACAGUAUGACUGUACUCAUUUAUCGGACACUUCCAUCCUAAACGAAAUUCAUCCAAGUCUCCAAAAGUAGAUUUUCCUAAGGAGCAGGUAGAAUUUUGGAAUCCUGCUCACGGGCGCCCAUCCAACCCAACACACAUCGGGGAUUCGACCCAGCCACUACAUUUUAAUUCCAGAUACAGUUGUCUUUGUACAGGUCUAAUUUCUACAAGAUUAACAAUUUGGUCAGAUUGCUUGUUGAAUUAAGAUUAAAAAGAACACUUUCAUUUUCUCAAAUCACAGCAUUCAGGAGACUAGGACGACUAAUACUACGACAACAGUUUUUGAAGGAAUUGUGUUUGUAAGAGGAAAAAUUCACUGCUGCAUGGCAUCAAUAUAAUCAUCUGGAAAACAUCUUGUUGCCUUUAUCUUGAGCUCUAUUGUCAACAAAUGAUGUGGAUUAUCAUUUCUGACCUCACAGUUCCAAUGGCAAAUGUUUGUUUAGUUGCAAUGAUAAAUCAUGAGCAGCCGGUCUUGUAUCAUAGGUUUAAUAUUUGUAUGCUCUGUUACGAUGGAUUUACGUUAAGUAGGGUGAAUGUCUCUUGGUUUUCCUACAUUAUAGUUCACAUCCUGUAAUUAGGAAGAGGAAAUUGUUGAUUUAAACAAACCACCAACAAACUAUAUUUUAGAUUAUGUUUCAUCUGUGUUUUCCUUUGUCCUGUCUAUGUUAAGGUUUUUUAGUUGGUAUAAUAUAUUUUUAUAUACACCUUUCACAAAUGCACUUUAUUAUUCCAAAAGAUGAGAAAGGGAGUAUGCUUUUGACUCCUGUAAGUCUUACUUGUGCAGUUUUAUGAGGGCUAUGUAUCAGAAAUGGCGCUUGACCAAACUGUUGCUUUCUGAAUGUAUGAUUCUGUAGAAUUUGGGGAGUUAAUGCGUUCACCAGAUAUAGUGUGCCCUACAACAUGAAUUGCUAUUUUGUGAUAUGCUUAACUAUGUUGCAUGAGUUUGUAUACAUAACCGUCAAGGAGCCUACAAGAAAAGUAAACAUUCCUCAGAAUUUAA